AUGGCCGAGCACGACACGAUAUCUCUGCGGAGUUUGACUUCCAUUCCUUCUUCAUCCUCCAGCUCGUCGUUCGUUUUCGACGGCACCAAUUCCGACAUUGCGCGGCAGCUUCUCAUCCGUCAUCAAGCUGGUGAUGUGGCCGAACAAGUCAACCUCACGUCGAUUCCUAUCGCUGUACUAGAUCGACUGAUUCCGCUCAAUAUUGACUUCGAUGGUCUUCCUGGUCUUGUCCAACGUACUGUGCUGUGGGAUACCGGCUUUGCCAUUUCACCCGCUAUAUGCUGA